UCGCGCGCGCUCGUGCUCGCUGCUGACGGGGCCGAGCGCAUCCCGCCCGUCGUCGUCGCCGUUUCGGGAGUGCGCGCGCGCGCGAGCAUCAAGGGCAAGAGACGCGAGCAUCCUCUUCUUCAUCAUCGUCAUUCGUCAUCUUCACCUUCGGCGUCGUUGUUUCGAAGGAAAGGUGCGCGUGCGUUAACUGACGUGUGGCGCGUGCUUGUGCGCGGGAAUCAACAGGGCUGAGCGCGCGCACGGCCAAAAAAGAACAACAACACAAGAGAAGGAGAGAGACCAGCGCGUCGACAUCCGUAAAAAGCAAGCGAACCGUGAACCGAGCCACAAGCCGGACCUGUGGCUGGCCCAACGGACGCGCCAAGGAGACCGGAAGCAGCUGGGCUAAUUGAGCCAAGAGGGAAUCGGCGGAUGCUUUUAUUCUGAAAAAACAAACAAACGAACGAACAUGGAGGUGCGUGCGUCGCUGCUGCUGCUGGCGCUGCACUGCGGCGCGGUGGCGCUGUGCGGCUGCGAGCCGCGCGUGGUCAACGUGGGCGCCGUGCUGAGCCAGAAGCGCUACGAGCAGGUGUUCCGCGACGCGGUGGCGCACGCCAACGCCGCGUACGGCCGCGACCGCUUCAAGAUGAACGCCAUCGCCGUCACGCACAAAGCCAACGCCAUCCAGAUGGCGCUCUCCGUGUGCGAGGACCUCAUCUCCAACCAGGUGUACGCCAUCUUGGUGAGCCACCCGCCUCAGUCCAACGACCACCUGACGCCGACGCCCGUGUCCUACACGGCAGGCUUCUACCGCAUCCCCGUGGUUGGCCUGACCACGCGCAUGUCCAUCUACUCCGACAAGAGCAUCCACCUGUCCUUCCUGCGUACGGUUCCGCCGUAUUCGCACCAGGCCAGCGUUUGGUUCGACUUAAUGCGAGAGUUCCGCUGGAAUCACAUCAUCCUCAUCGUCAGUGAUGACCACGAAGGGCGAGCCGCGCAAAAGAGACUCGAAACGCUCCUGGAGGAGAAGGAGACCAAGACUAAAAUCAGGAACAAUGAAAACAUGGAGCAACACGGCUUUGACUUCCGGAGAACGCCUAAGGCCGAGAAGGUUCUGCUGUUUGGUCCAGACACCAACCUGACAGCCCUGCUCCUGGACGCAAAAGACCUGGAGGCCCGCGUCAUCAUCCUCUCUGCCAGCGAGGACGAAGCGGCGGGCGUUUACAAGGCGGCCCGUCAUCUAAACAUGACCGGUUCCGGCUACGUCUGGAUCGUCGGGGAGAGAGAAAUGAGCGGAAGAGCUUUGACUGAGGCACCGGACGGCUUGCUGGGUCUGCAGCUGAUAAACGGUAAGAACGAGUCGGCUCACAUCAUGGACGCCGUGGGAGUCGUGGCGCAGUCCCUGCAGGAGCUUCUGGACAAAGAGAACAUCACGGAACCUCCGCGCGGGUGUGUGGGCAACACCAACAUCUGGAGGACCGGACCCCUCUUCAAAAGGGUGCUGAUGUCAUCCAAGUAUGCCGAGGGCCUGACCGGUCGCAUCGAGUUCAACGACGACGGCGACCGGCGCUUCGCCACUUACAAUAUCCUCAACUACCAGCAGAAAUCUGGAAGAAUUGUACAGAUCGGAAUAUUCAACGGAUCGCAGGUGGUGAUCAACCCGCAGAGGAAGAUCAUCUGGCCUGGCGGGGAAACCGAAAAGCCAGUCGGCUACCAGAUGUCAACCAAACUCAAAAUCGUGACCAUUCACCAGGAGCCGUUUGUGUAUGUGAAGCCCACAAAAGCGGACGGAACGUGUAAGGAGGAAUACACGGUCAACGGAGUCCUCAUCAAGAAGGUUAUCUGCACUGGACCCAACGGAACCAUCCCAGGUCAGCCGACGGUUCCUCAGUGUUGUUAUGGCUUCUGCAUCGACCUCCUCAUCAAGUUGGCCAUGAGCAUGAACUUCACUUAUGAGGUUCACUUGGUGGCCGACGGGAAGUUUGGAACACAAGAGAGGGUGAACAACAGCAACAAGAAGGAGUGGAACGGCAUGAUGGGCGAGCUCCUGGGGGGUCUGGCCGACAUGAUCGUGGCCCCCCUCACCAUCAACAAUGAGCGCGCGCAGUACAUCGAGUUCUCCAAGCCUUUCAAGUACCAGGGACUCACCAUCCUCGUCAAGAAGGAAAUCCCUCGCAGCACACUGGACUCGUUCAUGCAACCUUUCCAGAGCACCUUGUGGCUCCUUGUCGGCCUGUCGGUCCACGUGGUGGCAGUGAUGCUCUACCUAUUAGACCGUUUCAGCCCAUUCGGAAGGUUCAAAGUGAACAGUGAAGAAGAAGAAGAAGACGCCCUCACCUUGUCCUCGGCUAUGUGGUUCUCCUGGGGAGUCCUCCUCAAUUCCGGGAUCGGAGAAGGAGCCCCGAGGAGUUUUUCGGCAAGGAUUCUGGGAAUGGUGUGGGCGGGCUUCGCCAUGAUCAUCGUGGCAUCGUACACGGCCAACCUGGCCGCCUUCCUGGUGCUGGACCGGCCUGAGGAGCGCAUCACUGGCAUCAACGACCCCAGGCUGAGAAACCCGUCGGACAAGUUCAUCUACGCGACGGUGAAGCAGAGUUCAGUGGACAUUUACUUCCGGCGUCAAGUGGAGUUGAGCACCAUGUACCGGCACAUGGAGAAGCACAACUACGAGAGCGCCGCCGAGGCCAUCCAGGCUGUCAGAGACAACAAGCUGCACGCCUUCAUCUGGGACAGCGCCGUGCUGGAGUUCGAGGCCUCGCAGAAAUGCGACCUAGUGACCACCGGGGAACUUUUCUUCCGCUCGGGCUUCGGCAUCGGGAUGAGGAAGGACAGCCCCUGGAAGCAGAACGUGUCACUCGCCAUCCUCAGUUCCCACGAGAACGGCGUGCCGGGAGGCCUCGUGGCGGGCAUCUUCCUCAUCUUCAUCGAGAUCGCCUACAAGCGCCACAAGGACGCCCGCAGGAAGCAGAUGCAGUUGGCGUUCGCAGCCGUCAAUGUCUGGAGGAAGAACCUGCAGCCGUACCCGACUGACAUCACCGGUCAGAUCAACUUAUCGGACCCCUCCGUCAGCACCGUGGUCUGAACGCUGCGGCCACGCCCACCGCCGCACACAAAACCCCAACACACACGUACACAAAACACGCGAGCACAUACCAGUAAGUCAUUUUAUUUUGCUAGCGUAAGUGUUCUAGUGUUUCCUGGUCAUUUCGGGCGGAGUCAGUGGACACCGUAAAACGUACACAAGUUCUAAUCCUUAUGAAUAAUAAUAAUAAUGAGAGGUUUGUAGGUCACACUGGGUACACUGUCGUGCGGUGUUGAUGUGACAUCAGCAAGAUGUUUGUAAAUAAUUUCUAUUGAUUCUGAGCAAUAUAGCAAAAGCUCAACACCAGUUGCUGGCAGCUUUACGUCGCUGGCCGCCCGCCUGCCCCCGAGGCUCCGCCCCCUAACACUCCCACGGCAUGCUGGGAUUGAUGAUGUCAUCAGACUCGUAUUAUGAUGUCACUCUGUCUACCUCCACCGGCCAGCCAACACAAAGCAACAGAGUUCACGUGUCAUCAAAUGUUUCGCACACGUGAAAAACGCUUGCUGCUUUUUACUGGCUUCACACCGCUUUGUUUUGUUUUUAGCAGUGAGGAAAUUAGCCACACGUAGCAUUUUCACAUAGCAUGUUUCGCUCAGAAUACUGACGGAGAUUUGGGGCCUCGUGUACUGAAGUUGCGAUAUUUUUAAUGAGAAGACAAAGUUUGCUUGACAGAGCAACGUGCAUGUAAGAGCUACGCAAGAUGAAGACUGGAGGCCAUUUGUAAUUGGGUGAAUGGAUUGAAAGUUUUGCGUCAAUUCACAGAACCAUCGCUCGUUGUUGACCGCGGAUGACAGCAUGCCAAAAAGAUUUGCUUUUCGGGCCUCCGCUUUAUUGUCCGGCGUCUCCAGCUCACAUUUGGUCAAGAUCCUAAUUUUUUCAUUUGUGACUCAUGACUCUUGAUAAUGUGAUUGUCGGAUGAUGCAGAGUGAGGAAUUCCCACCGGCAGACCCUGUUUAGGCUCAUUGAUAUGUGGGGGAGAAGAGGAGGAGUAAGAUGUUGAUUUAGUCAGUCGUUUUUUUUUUUUUGUGUGGAUUUUCUGUAUUUGGCCGCAUGCCUUGUUUCAGCACAAAAACCGCGCAUGUCUUUCUCCAUGAGGCCCCUGGACACCUCGUCCAAACUUGUUAGCUGAGCUAUUGCUAAGCUAAGUGAGCUUUUAUUAACAAACUCGAUGCGACGUAGCACUUUUUUUUUUUUUUUUGACAAAGCCCUGGUACACACGUAACGAUACUAAGAGCUGUUUUCAUUCCGACCAAGGAUGACAAACAGCAGCUAAUUUUUUGUUCAUAGUCUGAAGUGAGUUCAAGUUGAACUACCUUCCCUUUUUUUUUUUUUUUUUCUCUUUUUUGCAUCCCAAAUAAUUUUCUUUGGACAAGUCACAAGUGCUGAUGACACUCAUUAGCUCCUCCGACCAAAUCUGGUUGGACUUUGCCCUUUUUCGUCUUUGACAUACCUGUACAUGAAAUGAAGAUUGCCUUUCUGUUGCAGAAAAGUAUCCUACAAUUCAUGAGUCAACAAAAAUACUCAUUCAAAGGAAAAUAACAAUUGGGGGCAAAUGAACGCAACAUCUUUCUGGCGACCAACAAGGUCAAUAAAAGUUCAGCACGGGGCAAAGCAGCCACAAAACGAAGCAAUGAUGGGAAUCCAUCUUUUUUUCAAAACAUAAUCGCAAUGACAAACAAGCAAAUGACCGUAAAGAAAACCAAAACACGCCAGAUUUCCUCGCUGUGGAGAUGAUCUCAGCACACAAGAUACAGUGCAAAAUUGCCUUUACAGCAGCUUCUAUAUUUUUUGAAAUUCUACUUUCUUCCUUUCAUAACUUUGCUGCUGUAAAUUGGCAAUUUCUCCAUUGUGAGACGAUUAAAUGUUUUCUUAUUCUUAUUAUUCUUCUUCUUAAGCUGUUUCACGCUGAUUUUUCAUCUUCACGUGUGGCCUCUGUCACAAAUCCUUGCGUGCGUACCAGACCUUUCGUGAGAAUCGAAUAUGGACGGACGCUAAUCGAGUUUUUCAACUUGAGCCAGUAACGUUGUGAAAUUUUUGUUUGCGUUUCUUGGUCUGCCACGUGUAGCAUUUUCACUUAGCACAACACGUUAGCAUGUUUAGCUGGUCGUACGAAACGCUCGCUAGUGCUACGUGAGCAAAUAUUAGCCCACAUGCCCUGGGUGGCUAAUGUUGUUAAAUUGUUAUUCAGACAAUGCACUUUUGUUGACCAAUGUGAGAAUGAAAUACUGAUUUUUUUUUUUCUGAUGCUAAUUGUGCUAACAAAGCAUACGGCAAAUUUAUAGUGAUGUCAUCAAAGGUUUUCAAGGCAAAAUGAUGUCUCAAUGCACUUCUUUCAUUGAUGGUUAUGUCGACUUCACGCGGGCGUCAAGACUUUUGCCCUUUUUUUUCCCCACCUAACUUAAUGUCCCAUUUCCUCCUAAUGCUAGCUCAGCAGUUUAAUUGAACUUUUCUUGUGAAAAUAAUUGAAAGUCAAGCUCUUUUAUCCUUUAUAGGGAUUCACCGAUGCCCUUGAACUUGUGGAAAUCCUUCCAUACUAGCCUCGAAUAAGAGGCUUACGGACACUCCAGUUAAAGUUAAAUAUAAGGCAAAACACAAUCAAGGGAAAGACACGCGUUGCCCAUUUAAGCAAACAAACACUUGAGACCCUGUUUUGGUCAACAAAAAAUGGGCAGAACUCUAUCGCUGUAUAAACAUUCAAAUGAUAAAUAUUUUAACACAUCAGUGCAGCAACGUACUGUGAGCCUAAUGGCAUAAUUGCCCAAGUCACAUUUUAGAAAAAUAAUUGAAUACAGGACAAAUUCACUUACAUCAAUUUAAUCUUUGAUCUCCAGGACUGAGAAUCUAACCACACAAACUCCUUUCCCGCCAAAAACUGUUUAGUUUCUUUUUUUUUUUUUUAAACAUUUGCAUUUUUUAUAUCGUGAUGACUUGUUUUUGCAAUCAUGUUAUUACGCUAACGAUAUACAGAAAAGAUAAUUUGCAUCACAAUACUCGCAGGCACAUUUUUUUUCCUACUCUGCGAAAAACAAGCUAGAAUACUGUAGCUGCGCGUUUACAUUCUUCCUUGUGUCUUUUCAUCCAAUGCUCACGUGUCAUCUGCAUGAGUGUUCCACACAGCCCCCGGUGGCCAAGGUCAGCGCAAGCGAAUCAAUAUUGAGAACAGCAGAACAUUUGGGGCGUGACAAUGCGUUUUUUUGACAGAUACGACACGUGUCCUUAUAGGGCCGAACGAUUCCGCACAAAGGGAUAGAUCGUGUUUUUUGAACAAUGCGAUAAAGACAAUUUCAAUACGAUUUUUUCACACUUUUUUGUAAAUACGCCUUUCCGAAUUAAAGGUAACCCCAAUUAAACUGUAGAAUAUUUUUUCAAUUUUAUUUUAAAACCGACUCAUCUUUACCGAUUCCAAAAUAUAAAAAGACAGCGUUGAUAUAAGACCAAAUGAGUUCUCUUUCGACACGCUAACUUAUUGUCAGAAUAUGAUGCUUUUUUUUUUAUGCAUUGAAACAUCAAUGUAAUCAAAGCCUUUUGAUAAAGUGCUUCAUAUAUCUGAACAAUAUUCAACAUUCUCUUUUGUGGAACAAAAAUGGAAAGACAAGUAUUCAACUUGACAAUUUUCACAUGAAAUGAACCUGCUACUGUGAUUGUUCUGUCUCAAGAACAACUGCAUGUAACAGGAAACAAUUUUGCCAAAGGCUAAUCAUGUUGCAUGCUUGAUGUAAGUCCCCGGCACAGACCGGUGAUUAAAAAUAGCAUUCAGACUUGAAUGAAAAAAAUAGAAGGCUACGUAACUUGAAUUUUCGCCCAAUUGCAAAAAUAACUCCAGCUCGAAAAAGUGCCAAACAGGAAAAAAAAUCAUUCUCGCCACAGAGAAGACUGUUAACAACCCUGCCAAAUUCAAAUCCUUUGAAAAAAAGGUGGCUAAAAAUAAGAGUUUUGAAGCAGUGGAAAAGGGAGCCAUUCUCCCCGCUCUCAAACAAUAUGAGAGCCAAAACAACCUCCUAGUCAACUGUCAAUCAAAUAUUACUAUAACAACCUGGAAAUAAAAAUGAAUGCUACUUUGCCUCGAGGCAUAUUUGAGUUCCCAAAAUAUAUCCGCUUAAAGCCCACAGUGACUGGACUAUAUCCCUCUUUUUCACUCGGUGACAACAAGGCACUCUAAAGCAUAGUACUUUACUCACACUUGAUCUAAAAAAAAGUGGCAUCGAUGCAUCCCUAGUCCUUAGACAAGAACCAACUUUGGACCUGCUCUACCAGGUCCAUCAGUUAUGAGGGCUCUCUUGUCGCCUUUUCAAAUUGAAAACACGAAAGCAUUUAUGGGAAAUUUGACCGAUUUGCAAGAUGUAUUCAUGUGAUGAUGCAUUGGCUCCUCAUGUUAGCGUGUUUUCCACCUUGUAAAAAGAUGUCUUUCCCAUCUUGCUAACCUGUGCUUGCUAACAUUUUUUCUAAGCGCAUUUAUUUUGUCUAUACUAAUUAAUGUAGCAACGCAUUAGCCUUUAGCUCAGUGGCGUCACCGCGAUUGACAUGAACCGAGAAGAGCAACCUGCAGCAAAUGUUAGCACUAACACGCUAAUGCUAUGUGCCGUCUUUGCGUGAUGUCAUAUGCUGUGAAAGAGGCAGAGGUAAACUUUGGUGAGUUUUUUUUCUACUUCCUGUCUUGAAAAGUGUGCAAAAGUAACUGUAAAUCAAUUAUGUUCAUGUGAAAAAUCAAAGUUUCUGACUGUAAACAAUCAUGUUCAUGUCAAAAUAAAAGUUUGUGACUGUAAAAAAA